CGUCAAGGAUGAUGUUCGGAGCAAUACACCUCCUUCUCAGCGCAGCUAAGAGUGGAGCCGCGGGAAGGGCAAGGUCAGGCUCGGCUCGGCUCCUCUCCGCGUCCUCAGGCUCUGGCAGAUUGGCUGGGAAGGUGGCCGUCAUCACCGGCGCGGCUAGCGGCAUUGGGAAGGCGACCGCUGCGGAGUUCGUCAAAAACGGCGCCAAGGUCGUCAUCGCUGACAUCCAGGACGAUCUCGGACAUGCUGUGGCGGAAGAGCUUGGUGGGUCGGACACGGCCUUCUACGCCCAUUGCGACGUGACCAACGAGGCGCAGGUGGCGGCCGCCGUGGACCUCGCCCUGGCGCGCCACGGCCGCCUCGACGUCAUGUUCAACAACGCUGGCAUCAUUGGCGGCACCAGCCCCAUCGAGUCCAUGGACCUGGCCGACUUCGACCGCGUCAUGGCCGUCAACCUCCGGGGUGUGGCCGCCGGCAUCAAGCACGCGGCACGGGCCAUGGUCCCACGCAGCCAGGGGUGCAUCCUGUGCACGGCCAGCACAGCGGGCGUGCUGGGCGGGUCAGCCCCCCACGCAUACAGCGUCUCCAAGACGGCCGUCGUCGGCAUGGUGCGGUCGGCUGCGGUGGAGCUGGCGGCGUGUGGCGUCAGGGUGAACGCCAUCUCACCAUACGGCAUCGCCACAUCCAUGGCCAAGCGGGGCGUGAGGGAAAUGUUGGGGCUCCCGCCAGUGGGCACUGACACUGACGACGAGGAGGUGAUCAGACGGGUGUUCGAGGAGGACUUCAACGAGAUGGGUGGUGGCGUGGUGUUGCGCGCAGAGGAUGUGGCGAGGGCGGCCGUGUUUCUCGCGUCCCACGACGCAAGGUACAUCACCGGGCAUAAUCUCAUGGUGGACGGUGGGUUCUCCGUGGGGAAGCCGCUCAACGUCCCGAUGCGUUGA